GGAAAAAAGAUUUCUAAGCCAGGGUAUGAUGUCGAUUCCCAUAGACAACGACGCUCGCCAUCUUAUAAAUUGACACCUCGAGUACGGAGUACGGAGUGCUACUUGACUCCCAUAAAAGGGUCUCUCUCUGUCUCUCUUUCCCGCCUCCCUGGCCCUACUCGAUCUCUCUCUCUCUACACUCCCCGCCUUCAAUUAAUCCCUCCUCUACGCUCGAUAUGUCGUCUUCCGAUCCGCAUCACAACCCCUCGGAAGAAAUGGAAGAAGAUGACCUCCUGGCCGCCGAGGACGCAGACGAAGAGAUCCCCGAAGAUGAAGACCACCCUAUGGACGAAGACAUGGACGAGGAGGAGGACAUGGGGGAACCACAGGAAGAAAUCCAACUACAGAACGACUCGGCCGCACACUUUGACGCCCACUCAGACAGCAUCUUUUGCAUCGCCCAACACCCCUCGCGGCCCAGCAUAAUAGUGACGGGAGGUGGUGACGACGUCGCGUACAUCUUUGACGCCUCUACCUCCGCAGUCUCCUCUUCGUCCGACUCUCCUGCGCCCACGGCCACGGGACAGCCACAACAACCAGUUGAACGUGCGUCUUUGGCCGCACUUGCGAAACUAGACGGUCACACCGACUCGGUCAACGCGGUGACAUUCACAUACCCGCGCGGCGACUACGUCGUGACGGCCGGCCUGGACGGCAAAUUGCGCGCGUAUGCGUCGACGGACUCCAGCCACAAACACUGGUCGUUCUUGUCCGAGACGUCGGAAGUCGAAGAGAUCAACUGGGUGUCGCCGUCGCCGAACCCGCAGCACGAGAACGUGGUCGCGCUCGGCGCCAACGACGGGUCCGUGUGGGUCUACCAGAUCAAUGCAGCAGAUAAAGCGUCUCCUCUCACGAUCGUUCAGGCUUUCUAUCUACACACCGCAUCGUGUACGGCUGGCGCAUGGACGCCGGACGGGAAUCAUUUGGCUACGGUAUCGGAAGACGGGAGCCUCUACGUGUGGGACGUGUUUGGUACCGGUUCGACAGUCGUCAGUCUCACGGCUGCGGAUCAACGGUUCGAGGUCGAAGGUGGUCUGUACAGUGUCGCGUGCACUGCGUCCUUGUGUGCCGUGGGUGGUGCUGGAGGAAACAUUAAAGUUGUCGGUCUGCCGCAGAUGGCGGAUCAAGCGAAGAAGACCGCCGGCAAGGCCAAGGGAGGCAAAGGAGCGGGUGCUGGUGCUGGUGCAGGACAAGCAGCGACCGCGGCGUCAGCAGGCCAGAUCCUCGCCUCGUUACAGGCACAGAGUGACGGUGUCGAGACGUUGUCGUUUUCAAGUCCACCGCUCAAUCUCCUCGCUGCGGGUAGCGUCGAUGGAAGCAUCGCGCUGUUUGACACUGCCCACCGAUUCGCCGUGCGGCGGCAUAUCAAGGAAGCCCACGAAGAGUAUGCGGUGGUCAAGGUCGACUUUGUGAGGAACCCGACGCGUGGCGGUUGGAUCCUGACGAGUUGCGGUAUGGAUGGAGUGGUGAGAAGAUGGGACGCAAGAGGAGGCACCACUGCAGCUGGACAGGGAUUCAUCCAGGAAUGGAGAGGUCACCGCGGAGAAGGAGAGGGCGGUGGUGUGCUUGGGUUCGUCCAGGGCGGCGGAGGAAAUAGAAUCGUGACGGCGGGUGAUGAUGGUGUUGCAUUGGUUUUCAAAGCGGACAUAGCAUGAACAUUAGAACUGGAAUGGAAAAAGCACCAAAAUUUUCCUCCCCCC